AUAUAGAAAAUUAGGUUACAGAAAAGAAAUUGAUAUUUUACAUACCGUUAUUGGUACUCAUAUAAAUGAUACAAUGAUAAUUCCCAAUGUAACCCGCGAACAUGAGGGAAGCUUUUUGUGCGAAGUUAGUAAUGGUAUUGGUGCUGGUCUUAGCGCUUUUGUUAAAGUAGCAGUUCAUGUGGGACCCUCUGUUACCGUUUUUAAAAAACUGGUCAACAUACGGCGAGGGGAGCAUGUGACAAUGCGGUGCGAAGCAACAGGAGACCAUCCUUUGGAUAUAACGUGGAGAACCAAAACUAAUACAAUUGAUGAUUCUUUUAAAUUUCAAUAUCGCAUAAAAAAAUCACCUAUGGUUCAUGGCCUUUCUUCAGAUCUAACCAUUUUGCGAACUUCACUACAUGAUAACGGAGACUACACAUGCAUUGCCAAAAACAUUUAUGGACACGACCUUGGCGUAAUAAAAUUAUUGGUUCAAGAGUUGCCAAACGCUCCUAUAAACUUUCACGUGACGAAUUUGGAAAGUCGCUCAGUAACUUUGGAAUGGUCUUCAAUUAGUCAAGAAUCUAAUCUAUCGCAUGAAGUCAUGGAAAAUUCGCAACCAAUAUUGAAGUAUAUUUUACAGUACAAAAAAGCAGAAGUGUCUAAAACCGACAAGUGGAUCUACAGCACUCUGGUAGAGCUUGCCAAAUCCCUUAAAAUCGAUAAAGGCAUUAGCAAUACCGUAGAGCUGAUCCUACUGGCUACGACCAGAUAUAACAAAUCUAUCCAUUCGGUCAUCAACAAGAGGCCGGUCGACGUGGUUCAGACACAAUCGAAUGAGCCACAAUACGAAUUACGGGAUAAAAAAAACACACCCAGGACAAGGAACCGGGAAAAUGCCUACCGACCAAAUCGAGUGUCCGAGGUUGCCGAAAAAGUCCUAGUGAAGUCCAACAGACGCCUAGGAAAAAAAAUCUCAUCGUUAUGUGAGGAAAAAACCGUUGAAGCGGACAUGGGGACCAUAGUUCUCAUUAAGGGAAAGGUGGUCCACAAAGACAACCGUAGGUAG